AUGGGCAAAAAGUCGAGGAAAGAGAAGAGGAUCAAGGUUGCUCAAGACGAUGCGAGAGGAAGCUCAAUGGAAGGGGAAGACACCCGAAGCGGGCGGAGUGGAGGGGUCAAGUUGAAGGGGGGAGUGGAGGGGCGCUCGACAACCUGGCCUGGCGUGGCCUGGGCUAGUAGCCUGGGGCGGGCGGUCAGUGGAGGGUACCUGGAGCUACAGAGUCGAUCAGCGCGUGGCGGAGGUACCUGGGCCCUGAAAUCCAUUGGGGACGGGGUCCAAAAAGCGAUGAGGGAUUGUCAAGUACCGGUACAUGGACAAUGUCACUCCGACUCCAAGCUGUUGAGAAGGACCAGGGUGGACCAGGGGGAGACGACCGACAACUUGAGUUACGUACGACAGGUCGAUUCGAAUUUCAUCAAACCGCCGAAAACCGCAGCAGUCAAUUUACACACCCUACAUUACGAUCCGAAUCCUAUCCAACCCAAUCUGAUAGACUCAAAAUUUCGGAAGCUUUCAUGGUCUAAGCAACGGUUGGCUCCGGGGUACGCGAAGCGAGUCGCCUGCCCCAAAGACCUGGGUACCAAGACAAAAUUGGAAGUCUUCCAUUUGCUGAGAUUGGCAAAAAUUGACUCGGGUUCCGGGGGAAAUGCCCAAAGCUGGCCUUGCGGUGAGUUCGAGGAGCAACUCAAGGUGAAGUGA